AUGAAGGAAGAUAGUGUAACACAUGUUGAGAGUGGCGGUGACCAAGUCAUCCAAGAUGAAGACAUUGGCACUAUGAAGAAAGAUCCAGCGAAUGCUACCGCCGCUGCGGACGACGACGACGUUGCCUUGAAACUCGUCGACGAUGCUGCCCCGGCCCAGCUUUCCCUAGCGCAGACCAGACGCGUCACCAGGAAGAUCGACCUCUAUUUGAUGCCUUUACUCAUCGUCACCUUCAUGCUUCAAUACAUCGACAAGAUCCUUCUCUCAGGUGCAGCACAGUUCGGAAUAGUUCAGGAUCUGCAUCUGUACAAAGUGGCUGGCGUCAAUCCCAAGACCCACGAGCCAAUCUUGAACUUGCAUCGAUACUCGAAUGCCACCCUCAUAUUUUACUGGGGUUGCUUGGCUGCGUUGCUUCCGGCAUCCUAUCUGGUGCAAAGGCUACCAAUCGGUAGAUAUCUCUCUUGUACGGUCAUUGCUUGGGGCGUGAUUAUUAUCUUGACCGUCGUCGUGGGCGGAUACGAAGGUUUCAUGGUUCAAAGAUUCUUCCUCGGGGUGACAGAAUGUUCCGUCCCUCUCGGCUGCUCACUCAUCGUUGCAAUGUGGUGGAAACGGGAUGAACAGCCUCUCCGCUAUGCCGUAUGGUAUACAUCGCAAGGCCUAGGUGGAUUUUUCGGGUUUAUGCUCAUGUAUGGAAUCGGUCACAUCCAUGGCAGACUACAUCCUUGGAAAUACAUGUAUAUCAUCCUUGGAUCCAUCACGGUCGCAUGGGGAGCCCUCCUCUUUUGGCUACUGCCCAACAACCCUGUUGAAGCGACAUUUCUCAAGCAUGACGAAAGAGUGGCGGCCGUGGAGAGGAUGAGAUCGGAGCAAAUCGGUAUCGAAAACAAGAGAUUCAAGCCCUACCAAGUGAUUGAAGUUUUGAUCGACCCGAAAACGUGGCUGUUCUUCAUUAUGACCUUCAGUCUUCAGUUCAUCAACGGAGCCGUAUCUGGAUUCAACACCAUCAUCGUCAACAGCCUGGGAUACUCGCACUUUCAGGCUGUCUUGAUCGCAGGCUCGCUUGGCGCCGGUGUCUUUGUCAUGUGUCUUGUGACUGGGCUCUUGGGGACAUUGAUCAAGAACUGCCGCACGUGGCUCUUGAUAAUCACUGAGUUAUUAACCAUUCUUGGGGCAUGUCUAAUCUGGAAGUUGGACUGGGACACUCAACGUGCCGGAGCCCUUUUCGGCUUCAUCUUUUGCGGAUGGUUUGCAGCCUGUUACACAACGGUGUUAGCUCUGGCCUUCGCUAACACAUCUGGUCACACGAAACGAGCCUUCACUUCAGGCAUCAUUUGGUGUGCUUGGGGGAUCAGCAAUGGCGUAUCACCCCUGACCGUCAAGACAACAGAAGUGGCUCAACACUAUCCGACAUGCUUUAAAGCGGUGGUGACCACCGGCGCCGUCACCGUGGUCGGUGGUAUGGUGCUGCGUGUGUAUUUGCAGCACCAAAAUCGACUGCGCGACCGCAAAUAUGGCAUUGUGGAUCCUCAAACAGUCACGCAAGCUGCCUUCCACGACAAGACGGACAAUGAGAACACUCUAUUCAGGUACUCACUCUAG